AUGGUAAAACGUGCACCGACUCCCCCGCCCGCCGACGACACGCGGUUCUUCACGGUGAUGAACCCGUACCCGCAGCAGCCGUACAUCGCGCCGCAAGAUACGAAAACCUUUGCUCGAUGGAUCGCGUGCGUUAUCGGCCAGGAGCAUUUCCUUGCUUUCUAUCAUAAGCCCAAGUCCCCCAAUGUAGUCGUCAUUGAGACCUCAAAGUUCGGGCCCGACUUUGACCGCCUGAUGGGAGAGCAUCGCUGGAGCGAGUUCUUGCGCGGUCCUUCCAACGCCUCAGGACAGGAGACGUCCUCUAUAUUCCCUUGCACGCUGACCACGCAGCGCGCCGUGGCGAAGUCUGGUAAGCAACAUUCUGUCUUUGUCGAUGCGCGACGACUAACUCAUACCUUGCGUUACAGGAUGGGUCUGCCGUGA